AUGCCUCCCCGGCUAUCUCCCUCCGCAGUCUCUCUCACCUUCCCUACGACGCCUACGAUCCAAACACACUGUAAAUCAUGCUUUCAGCGGGCCUUAUCUUCCACCCCCUCGCUGUCACAGACCAAACUCCGCGAGCAGUUCUGGCUCUGGCUUCGCGGGCCUGGAGAGAACUUCCGCCACCCCCUUGCAGGGUCGACAAACUACCUAUCCGCGUAUGACAAACGAGGAAACCUCAUUCGCGGUAAGGGCCAGGAGCCGUCAGGGGAGUCAGCGAAAGAAAAGAGCCCUGAAGAUGCCAUGACGCCAGAUGAAGAAGCUCUGGAAGCCGCCGCCACGGAACAUGAACAGGAGUAUAAGCUCCCGAAAGAAACACUGGACGAUCUACGGCCGUUUCCCUGGAACAAGCACUUUGUGAGUCAGAGCAUUCUGUCAGAGGAUCUCAGAAAUGAGAUCUGGGACAGAGUGCAACGGCAGGGGAAGUCGGUGAGGCAAGUUUCGAUUGAGAUGGGCGUGGAUAUGAGGAGGGUGGCUGCUGUGGUGAGACUCGUAGAGGUUGAGAGGAGGAUGAGGACAGAGGGCAAACCCCUCGCACUUCCCUAUGCUCGCGCCAUCCACGGCAUGGUUCCUCUCACAACCCUCAACCCCAAGACGCGCUUAGCCAGCGAACCUCACGAAUCCAUCAAUGAUCUAGAACAGCACCCGCUAACAUUCCCACAAAUUUUCUACCCGACAUCUGAAUCACGCGCGUUCAACCGGACCGACGCUGGACGGGUAUUCAGUGGCGCACCGCGACUUUCCGACGAGCAAGAGAGUGCCAUAAACGAGGGAGUCCACGAAGCGUGGCGAGACUCAAAACCCGAAGUCACCGGCAAGCCUGGUCACACACGCGAGGUAUUGAAGCCAGCGGACUCACGCAUUCCCCAUCCGCACUUGAUCGCCUUUGAAAAAGACAAAAUGAACCGCUCACUCACACCGCUCGAGAGACGUGCGCGCCAUCGUGAACGCUUAGAGAAAGACGAGGAGAGACGGCAAGCUCUGAAGAACAAGUUGCAGCAGGAGGAGGAAAGCAAGAAAACGAGAAUCGAUGCGGGAAGAUGGCAGUUUGUGGUGACGGAGGUGCAGAGUACAAGACAAGGCAUCGGGUUAGAUGGACGAGGAUCCGGGAAGGGAGCGGUGGGCCAGAGGUAUGGUGUGCCCAGCCAGGAGAGAAAGAAAGGCCAGGUCAAGAUUCCUACCAAAGUGGAGGUCUAA